CUACUUAGGACCUCAAGAAUUUGAGGGGGGGCUUUCAGGAAAUGCAGAUUUUGCUCAAGUAGAGACCCCUUUUGGGCACCUUCCACUGCGGAUGAAGUUCCCGGUGCAGAACACACAGGCUGUGGUAAAAAAAAUUAGCUCUAAAGGGGAUUUUUAUCCCUCCGGUUUCUAUCUUGGCCUCUGUCGGAGGGUAACCCUGCUUCUCCCACCCAACUUCUCCUUUGGGGCGGGGACUAACCAGAUCAUUCCUCCCGGCCCGGUCCUCGGAUAUCCUACCCACGCGCAGCACUUUGCCGUGAAAUGCACGCAGACGGCCGAGACUAUGGGGGACAGUCUGGAAGCCUGGGACAGGUCAGGGACAUCUGCAAACGCCGAAGAGGUGCCUGUUCCCCGCGUCUAUGCGCGCCGCUGGGUCUUCCUGCUGGCGGUCAGCCUUCUGAGCUGCUCCAACGCGAUGCUAUGGCUCAGCUUCGCACCUGUAGCAGACACCAUCGCACAGCACUUCUUCCUGUCCAUGGAGCAGAUCAACUGGCUGUCACUAGUCUACCUUGUGGUAUCCAUCCCAUUUGGCAUGGCAGCCAUCUGGGUUCUGGACUCUGUUGGGCUCCGUGAAGCGACUAUCCUGGGUGCAUGGUUGAAUUUUGCUGGGAGUUUGCUACGUGCUGUGCCCUGCUUGGAUGUCAGGAUCCCCAGUCCAUUUGCCUUCUUCAUGAGUGGCCAGAGCCUCUGUGCCUUGGCCCAGACCCUGGUCAUCUCUUCUCCAGCCAAGCUGGCUGCCUUAUGGUUCCCAGAGCACCAGAGAGCCACAGCUAACAUGAUCGGCACUAUGUCAAAUCCUCUGGGCAUCCUUGUGGCAAAUGUGCUAUCUCCUGCCCUAGUCAAGAAGGCAGAAGACAUCCCCAUGAUGCUUGGUAUCUACAUUAUCCCUGCUGCCCUUGCCUGUCUCUUGGCCACUGCCUGCCUCUGGGAGAGCGUGCCUCCUAGCCCUCCAUCCACAGGGGCUGCCAGUUCCACUUCAGAGAGUUUCCUCCACGGCCUCAAACUGCUCAUCCAGAAUAAGGCCUAUGUCAUCCUGGCCAUAUGCUUCGGUGGUGGCAUUGGUAUCUUCUCCAGCUUCUCAGCCCUCCUGGAACAGAUCCUUUGUGCCAAUGGCUACUCCAAUGAGUUCUCAGGCCUCUGUGGGGCUCUCUUCAUCGUGUUUGGGAUUUUGGGGGCACUGCUUCUAGGCCUGUAUGUGGAUCGGACCAAGCACUUCACCGAAGCCACCAAGAUAGGCCUCUGUCUGACUUCCAUGACCUUCGUGGCCUUUGCUCUGGUGUCCCAGCUGCAGGGACAGACCUUUGCGUUGGCUGCCAUCUGCUCCCUCCUGGGGCUGUUUGGCUUCUCAGUGGCACCCGUGGUCAUGGAGUUGGCAGUUGAAUGCUCGUUUCCUGUGGGUGAAGGUGCCUCUGCUGGCUUGAUUUUUGUCCUGGGGCAGGCCGAGGGUGUGCUCAUCAUGCUGCUACUGACGGCGCUGACCAUGAGGCGAACAGGCCCAUCCUUUUCUACCUGCCAGCAGGGUGAGGAGCCUCUAGACUGGACAGUGUCUCUGCUGCUGAUGGCUGGCCUAUGUACCAUUUUCACCUGUGUCUUGGUGCUCUUCUUCAACACCCCGUAUCGACGCCUGGAGGCUGAGUCUGGAGAGCCCCCUUCGCCCAGGAUAUGUGACAAGGAGCCAACGAUAAUAAGCUCCACUCAAGUGCCGCCCCUUGAGACUUCUGGCUUAACACCUCCAGCUGGGGCCUUGCAGGAAGCUCCUUGUCCUGCCUCUCUUCCCAAAGGACACUCAGAAUGGGCAGAGACAUCUGGUAAAGCAGAGACUUGCUAGGGUCUCUGUCUGUGCCUGUCACGCUAAAAACUCUGACAGGGACACAAAGUCUUUAGCAUACCUAGGGCAUGAGAGGAUUGCCUUUUGGUCCUUAGGUAGACAACGAUAGAUUGAAAAUAACUGCUGUUGUGUGGAUACUGGUCAGUUAGGGUAGACCCUGGCCAAGCCAGACUUGUGGUGGCUGUUGUGUGGAUACUGGUCAGUUAGGGUUGACCCUGGCCUAGCCAGACAUGUGUGGCUGUUGCAGGGAGCAUCUGUUCAGGGGCCGGAGUGAGUGGAAGAUUCCUGGUAGGAAACUGAAGGAGAUCUGGGGACCAUGGCAUGGCCAGUCUGAGGUAGACAGGUGUAGAAAGAUUUUUGUCUUAACUGUAUGACCAGACACUUAGCCUGAUUCUAGGAUAGCACAGAGAGGGGUGAGCUGGUCUUAGAGUAGGGAGCAGAAGGAUCUCUGGUAGAUACACCCCCUCUAAUGAACACUCACAGGCAAGUUUGUAUGUCCAACUUUAUUGAACUGGCUACAGCUUGCAGCCUGAAGGAUGGAGAAGCUCAUGCUGCCUCUUGCACGUGGGAGGACCAAUAGCUCAACAUUUUGUAGUCUAGGUUGCCAGCCACAUCAAUGAAGGCAAACUCUAGCAUCUGAUUCUCCUAAGAGUCAGCCCAAGAUGGGUAGGGUAUUGGCAGUGUUGUUCUUAAUUUCUGGCUGGCUUUCUUGUCUGCGGGUUAGAGGGUAAAGACAUUACGCGAGGAAGAAGACACAGACACGCGGCGGUCCCACGUGGGUGCACUUUAAUGGGGAAGGGGCAACAGGUAGGUAAAGGUGUGCGAACAUGAUGGGAAAGGCGGGGAGAGAGAGAGAGCUCCUGGUGGCCCUCGCUUUUUAACGGGGAAUGCAAAGGCUUCUGGGAAUAUGUCCGUAUCCAGGAGAACGCUGGGAACUGUAGUUCCGCAACGGAACAACAGGCAGGGACAUCAAGUUGGUGGGGGUGGGAGCCGGGAGAGACCAGGUUCCUGGGCUCCAGCCCAGACACAGUAAAUUUCAGGCACUUGACUCCAUUCAGUGGGUUCCUGAUUCUUGGUUGACCUGUUCAGGGGUGGAGAGGGGCAGAGAACUAAGAACCCAGCCAAGGGAGGGGCUAGGGAUGUUUGAUAGGUGGGAUCAGAAGAGGGAUGGAGGAAGUAGGUAAGAC